AUAGCUUUACAAGACCAAGUUGUUUUAGUUUCCAUUUGUUGUUGAUAGAAAUGAGUGCACUUAAGCAAGGUUUUGCUCUCUUGGCGGUGGUCGCUGUUAGCAAUGCAUUACCUUUCAUAUUGCUUGAUUGCAAUCUAAACGGUUGUGUACAAUCAAAAAAUCCGAAACCGAAAGAGGUUCCCGAUGGCUUACCAUGGGCAAUCAUAAUGGAGCCAAAUUUGCCACCAGAAAAACGAAAUUAUAUAUUGGGUCUUGCACAACAAACUUUACAAAAAUUACUAGCCCAACCCCAAACCAAAGAUGAAUAUCAUAAUGUAAGCCAAGAAGAAUCGCAAGCGGAAGGCCAAUAUGAAUCACAAGGACAAAGCCAAGAAGGCCAAUACGAAUCACAAGGACAAAGCCAAGAAGGCCAAUAUGAAUCACAAAGCCAAGAAGGCCAAUAUGAAUCACAAAGCCAAGAAGGCCAAUAUGAAUCACAAGCUGAGAGUCAAGAAGUACCGCAAACUGCAGAUGAGGAUGGUGAAUCUAGUUAUGAAUAUGACCCUGAUGAACCUGAAUAUGAAAAUGGGGAAAAAUAAAUUUGAACUUAAAUUUGUGAAAAUGUAGUAUGAGAGGUAAAAUACAUUUGCAAUGAUUGCUUUAACUGUA